AUGGCCUACACAGCACUUUUCCUAGUGCUUUCCUGCACUCUAGCCUACUACGCUUCAACUUUACAGGCUUACUCAUCACUAGACUACACCCCUCAAACGUUCACAAGCUAUAUGCCUAGCAGUUCUAAGUCGUCCACUAAAAAAGUCAUGAACCCAAUAGACUCUUGCUGGCGCAGAAAGGCCAAUUGGGCCUCUAAUCGCCGCGCCUUGGCUGACUGCGCUGUAGGCUUUGGUAAAGGCGCAAUGGGAGGAAAGUAUGGCGCCAUGUAUGUAGUCACUACCCCUUCUGAUGAUCCGGUGAAUCCCAAACCAGGCACACUUCGUUAUGGUGUAAUUCAGACUAAGCCGCUUUGGAUCGUUUUUGCUAAGGACAUGGUGAUUACGCUGAAAAAUGAGUUGAUUAUGAAUAGUUUCAAGACUAUUGAUGGGAGGGGAGCGAAGGUGGAGAUUGCUUACGGGCCGUGCAUCACUAUACAAGGUGUGAGCCAUGUUAUUAUACAUGGGAUUAGUAUUCAUGACUGUAAGCCUGGGAAGUCUGGCCUUGUUAGGAGUACUACGAUGCACGUUGGUCAUCGCCUCGGCUCUGAUGGCGAUGCGAUCAGUAUAUUCACUUCUUCGCAUGUUUGGAUUGACCAUUGCUAUCUCGCUAGCUGCACCGAUGGCCUUAUCGAUGUUAUUCAUGCGUCUACUGCUAUCACCAUUUCUAACAACUACUUCUCUCACCAUGAUAAAGUAAUGCUGUUUGGGCACGAUGAUCACUUCACUGCAGAUAAAGUCAUGAGUGUUACAGUCGCCUUCAACCAUUUUGGCACUGGUCUAGUUCAAAGGAUGCCAAGGGUUAGAUUUGGCUAUGCCCACCUUGCCAACAACAAGUAUGAUGAAUGGGAGAUGUAUGCCAUUGGUGGGAGUGCUAAUCCAACCAUCUUAAGCGAAGGGAACCACUUUACUGCUCCUGACAAUGCCAACACCAAAGAGGUUACCAAGAGAGAGGUUAAAAGUGGUUGGAAGAAUUGGAAAUGGAGGUCCUCUAAGGAUAAAUUUGUGAAUGGUGCAUACUUUGUUCAAUCUGGAUGGGGAAGCUGUGCCCCGCUUUACUCUCGAUCCCAAGCAUUUUCUGUUGCUGAUGGUUCAAUGGUUCCUGCUUUAACAUCUGAUGCGGGUCCUUUGGGUUGUUCUGCUGGCAAACCAUGUUGA